CAAGUCUGAUGUGCUUUCCAACUAAUCAUGGGUGAAUUAAUAGACUCUAGAAAGCAUAUAUAUAGAACAUAUUUAUUGGGCAGCCUAAGACAGUUGGCUAACCCACUUGCUUCUAAUACCUUGGGCUUGGGGAUCUUCUGGUAUGAGCAGAGAAAGUGAAAAAUGGCACACCCAAUCUUCCAAGCCAAUGAAACCAGCCCUUAUGGAGAUCUGUCCAGGGAAGAGUUCUACAAGAAACACCACAUCAUACACAAAGAAGGCUUCGUGUUGAACGAAAAGGAGAAGAAGAUUUUCACCCAAUCUUGGCAGCACGAUUCGUGUGAUGAGCCGAGAGGAGUUGUUUGCAUGAUUCAUGGCUACACGUCGGAGAGUUCUUGGAUUUUCGAGCUGAAUGCGGUGGCGAUGGCCAAAGCAGGGCUUUUUGUCUUCGCGAUUGACCUGCCAGGGCACGGGUACUCUGAAGGGAGGCGCGGUCAUAUUCCCAGGAUUGAUCCCGUAGUUCACGAUUGCAUUCAGUGCUUCGACUCUGCUCGAGCUGAUCACCCCAAGCUCCCGGCUUUCCUCUACGGGGAAUCACUAGGCGGGGCAAUUGCCAUUCUCAUAUGCCUCGAGCAAAAACAUGCCUGGAAUGGCUUGAUACUGAGUGGACCAAUGUGUGGAGUCUCAAAGAAAUACAAACCCGUAUGGCCACUCGAGGAAUUCCUCCCUCUAGCUGCCUUUUUUGCGCCCAAUUGGAGGAUCAUAUUCACCAAACCUCCUUCCAGGAAAUCGUGCAGGGAGGCAUUGAAGAAAAAAUUGGUCGCAAAGAGUCCUAACCGCUUUGCCAAUGAAAGGCCACCGGCUGCCACUGGUUUAGAGCUUCUCAAGGUCUGCAAAUAUAUACAGAACAACUGUCAUGAGCUGGAAGUUCCUUUGCUAAUUCUUCAAGGUGGAGAUGAUAAGGUGUGUGACCCAAACGCCGUGAAGGCUGUGUUCAAAUCAGCAGGCAGUAAGGACAAGACCUUAAAGAUUUUCGCGGGCAUGUGGCAUCAAUUGAUUGGUGAACCAAAUGAAAGUGUAGAGCUCGUAUUUAACACUACAUUGUCGUGGAUUCAGAUGAGAGCUAACUUGGCAAGAGCCCAAAAGUUAUAACCUAUCAUGGAAAAGAGUAGGUUAUUGACAUUUGUUUCGUGCAUACAAUAAGUAUAGAACAUCAGACCUACUUGUUUUGUACAACAUACAUAUAGCAGCAAACUUAAAUGCUUUAUGCCUUCGUAUAA